AUGCAACUGCAGAACUUCAUGCAUUAUACGGAUGUUGGCUGCCGAUUAGUCAGGAUGCAGCGCUACGAGUGGAGGGGAAGAAAGGGGUCACGUGACGAAGAGACUCCGCUGCAGCGUCUAUGGUUUCUCUUUAGUGCGGUGAAUAUGAUCUAUCAAAUGCUGGGCAUGGUCAUCUAUCUGUUCCUGGUCGACUCGUGGGAGGAGCAGCCGGGUGGCGUCGUGGGACAGCUAUCGGAAACCUGCAGUAUAAUGGGCAUUAUGCUCUUUGGAAUCUCUAAUAUGUGGAUGCUGGUGCAACAUCGCAGCGAUAUUGAGUCCAUUCUGGCCGAACUCCAACAGCUCUACCCUAGACAGACGCGGCAAUAUCGCAUUGAUUACUACUAUGAGAAGUCGACACGCCUAAUGAGAUAUAUAGCCAUUUACUUCACUUUCGCUUGUAGCUAUUACAAUGCAUUGCCUAUUAUAGUGUUAGUGUACGAGCUACUGAUGGAGUCACAGCACUUCAGAUACAAAUACCAGAGCAAUACCUGGUAUCCCUGGCAGUUGCUGACCAAUCCGGAUUCACUUGUGAGCUUUAUGGUAGCGUAUCUGUGCCAGGUGGUAUCCUCAAUCAUGGCUGUCGUUUUCAUGACAGUUAGUCAGUUUUUGCUUUGCGUUUUCGUUACACAAAUUCAGCUGCAUUUUGAUGCCCUUGCCAGUGGUUUUGGUGCCUUGGGUGCUGGUCAACCAGGAGCGAAUGAUCAGCUUAAGGCGUUGAUUGCGUAUCACAUCCGAUUGUUGAGCAUUACCAGGAAAAUAAAUCGCGCUUUUAAUUUUGUGAUCCUGAUCAAUUUUGCAACAUCUACGAUUGCCAUCUGCGUGAUGGCCUAUUCCAUGGUCAUGUUCAAUGUGUUCAUGGCCUGUAAAUACUCUGUGGGGCUGGUAGCCUUUUUGAUCCUUACAUUCUUCAUCUGCUACAAUGGUGACCAAUUAACUUCUGCGAGCAACCAAUUGCUGCCGGCUGCCUUCUACAACAAUUGGUACGAGGGCGAUUUGAACUAUAGAAAGAUGAUGCUCUUCUUCAUCAUGCGCUCUUGUGAGACUCAAGAGCUGCGUGCCUACAAAUUCAUGCCCGUUUCUAUGAUUACCUAUAUGGCGAUCUUAAAGUUUUCCUAUCAGCUGUUUAUGUUUCUGCGCACAAUGGCUUGAGUGGAUGAUGUAAAAAAUAUUAACAAAAGAAAUUAAAAAUUAUAAAAAUAUUA